CAGACGAGUAUUUACAGGCUCAUAUCUACACUCUGGAUUUCUGGAACACGGACGGGUUUAAUCCCAGCACUUGUUGGGAAACCGCACCGCCCUCUCGGCCGCGCCGUGGGCUGAACUUUCGUCGCCGAUUCAUUUUCCCCCCCCUUUCUAAUCGGCUCUUUGUACCAUUAAGAGAAAGCGUCGGGACUGGAUUCUUCCCAGCGAACCGGAAAGUUUUUUUUUUAGGAGGGGGUAAAAAAAUUCCUCUCCCACCCCCCUCCCCUCCCCCUCACUCCUCCAAAGUCAGGGGAAGUGGGGAGGUCCGAAGAGUUUUUGUUUUGCUGGCCAGAGUGCAUCUUGCGAUGGGGACUUUGCGGGACCUGCAAUACGCCUUGCAGGAGAAGAUCGAGGAGUUGAGGCAACGGGACGCCCUGAUCGACGAGCUGGAGUUGGAACUGGACCAGAAGGACGACCUGAUCCAGAGGUUGCAGAACGAGUUGGAUAAGUACCGCUCCGUGGUCAAGCCGGCCGGGAAACCGGCGCCGGGCCAAGCCCAGAGGUUCCCCCAGGAACAGCAGCGGACCAAGCGGCAGGCCAUCUCGGCCGAGCCCACCGCCUUCGACAUCCAGGAUCUGAACCACGUUAUCCUCCCCUUCUACCAGAAGAGCACACAGUCCAAGGAACUGAUCAAGGAAGCAAUCCAAGACAAUGACUUCAUGAAAAACUUGGAGCUAUCCCAGAUUCAGGAGAUUGUGGACUGCAUGUACCCGGUGGAUUAUGGAAAGGACAGUUGUAUUAUCAAGGAGGGCGACGUUGGCUCGCUGGUUUAUGUUAUGGAAGAGGGUAAAGUUGAAGUGACGAAAGAAGAUGUCAAGUUAUGCACCAUGGGACCGGGCAAGGUGUUUGGAGAGCUCGCUAUCCUGUACAACUGCACCCGAACUGCCACAGUAAAAACUCUUACAACCGUAAAGCUAUGGGCCAUCGACCGACCAUGUUUUCAGACGAUAAUGAUGAGGACGGGACUAAUCAAGCAUGCCGAGUACAUGGAAUUUCUAAAGAGUGUACCGACAUUUCAAACCAUUUCAGAAGAAAUACUCAGCAAACUAGCCGAUGUACUGGAGGAGACUUACUAUGAAGAUGGGGAGUACAUCAUCAGACAAGGGGCACGAGGAGAUACAUUCUUCAUUAUUAGCAAAGGAAAGGUGAAUGUAACUCAGGAAGAAUCGUCAAACGAGGAAGCUGCAUUACUUCGCACGUUGGGGAAGGGAGAUUGGUUUGGAGAGAAGGCUCUUCAGGGGGAGGACGUGAGAACAGCCAAUGUUAUCGCUGCUGAAACAGUGACCUGCCUUGUGAUCGACAGAGAUUCGUUCAAACACCUAAUUGGAGGCCUUGAAGACGUGUCGAACAAAGCUUACGAAGAUGCUGAAGUGAAAGCUAAAUAUGAGGCCGAAUCCGCCUUCUUCUCAAUCCUGAAGCUGUGCGAUUUUAACAUCAUCGAUACGCUGGGGGUUGGAGGAUUUGGAAGAGUUGAACUGGUUCAAUUGAAGAGCGAGGAGUCCAAAACGUAUGCAAUGAAGAUUUUGAAGAAGCGGCACAUUGUGGACACGCGGCAACAGGAGCACAUACGAUCCGAGAAGCAGAUUAUGCAGGAGGCUCAUUCAGACUUCAUAGUGAGACUGUACAGGACUUUCAAGGACAGUAAAUACCUCUACAUGUUAAUGGAAGCCUGCCUAGGGGGAGAGCUGUGGACCAUUCUCAGGGACAGAUACAGAGGAGACAAUAUUAAAAGAGGUUCUUUCGAUGACGCUACCACUCGAUUCUACACGGCCUGCGUGGUAGAAGCCUUCGCCUAUCUGCAUUUCAAAGGAAUUAUUUACAGGGACCUCAAACCAGAAAACUUAAUCCUGGAUCACAGGGGAUAUGCUAAACUGGUGGACUUUGGAUUUGCCAAGAAAAUAGGAUUUGGGAAAAAGACCUGGACGUUCUGUGGGACACCGGAAUACGUGGCUCCAGAAAUCAUCUUGAACAAAGGACAUGACAUAUCAGCUGAUUACUGGUCACUUGGAAUCCUUAUGUACGAACUUCUAACCGGCAGUCCGCCAUUCUCAGGGCCUGAUCCCAUGAAAACGUACAACAUCAUUCUUCGUGGGAUCGACAUGAUCGAAUUUCCAAAGAAAAUCACUAAAAAUGCUGCUAACCUCAUCAAGAAAUUAUGCAGGGACAAUCCGUCAGAAAGACUAGGGAAUUUGAAAAAUGGAGUUAAAGACAUCCAAAAACACAAAUGGUUUGAAGGUUUUAACUGGGAAGGAUUAAGGAAAGGCACUUUAACACCUCCAAUUGUACCUAAUGUGACAUCCCCAACGGACACGAGCAACUUCGACAGCUUCCCCGAAGACAACGACGACCCACCUCCUGACGAUGACUCCGGAUGGGAUGCGGAUUUCUGAGUCUGGUUCUUCAAAACUUGCUUUUUGCCUUGCAUCUUUGUAAAACCGGUGGGGGAGGGGGAGGGGGA